AUGUCUCUACUCACCAAUUAUGAGGGGCUUCGGCAUCAGAUAGAGAGGCUGGUGCGGGAGAAUGAGGAACUGAAGAAGCUGGUGCGGCUCAUUCGGGAGAAUCAGGAGCUCAAGUCUGCAAUCAAGACUCAGGCAGGCGGCCUUAACAUCAGUGGGCUCACCAGUGGGCUUGGAGAGAUGGCAGCAAGUCCUUCCCAACGCCAGGGAAAUGGUGUCUUCCUGCCCCCGUCCCCAGCUGCAGCAGCAAACGAACAAGUCCUGGAAGAAGUGGGGGUUGUGGCCCUGGCACCCCUGGCAGACAUGCUGAGCAGCCCACAACCCAGCCCUGCAGUGGGCUCCUUUGUGAGCCCCAUGAUGGGCCCUCUCAACACGCUGCUGUCCAACCCGGUGCCUGUGUCACAGAGCAGCCCACUCACCAGCCUCCUGACCGGCCCCCUGAGCAUGACCCCUGGGGCCACCCUGACCAACUCCCUGGGCCUAACCUCCACCGGCUCCCUGAGUCCAGGCAGCCCCUUGGCCAGCACCCUGGCAGGCCCCAUGGCUGUGUCUCAGAGCAGUUCCCUGAUGGCCCCCAUGGCAGGCCCAGUAGCCGUCCCUCUGAGCAGCCCCCUGCUCACCUCCGCAGCCCCCCUAGGUGUCUCUCAGAGCCUUCUGGCCAGCCCCACGGGCGGCCUGAUUGUGCCAGAGGCCCCAGGGGUACGGCUGGCAGACACGCUCCAAGGAGGUCACUCUGGGCCCCUUUCCUCAGCUGGUGCAGGGUCCACCAUCAACUCCAAAGUCACAGCCAGUGAACACCCCCAGCCAAUCCAGGAACCAGAACCCCUCAGCGUGACAUUUGUGGGUGCACCCCUCCAGACCUCCACCCCGGUGGGCAUCAUGGCCAUGCCUGGUCCCACGACAGCCUUGUAUGGCACCGCGGAUGCCCGAAUCCAGCCCGGUGUCCCCCAGGGACAGAUGGUCCCUGCCUCUAUCCCUACCUCCCCAACUGCCUCUCCUGCUGGCACAGUCCCUGCCCCCACCCCCCAAGCUGCCACCAACUGCACCCCCUCAGGCACCAUCCCCACCCCUCCCCGAGUGCAGCCCUCUCCCAGCCGGCCCUUGCCUGUCCCCCAUUCUCCUCCACGCAACCCCCAAUCCUCACCACGUACCUCAUCCUCCCCGGCUUCGGUGAAUGACACCCGGGGGUAUUCACGUACCACGGAACCAUCUCGGAAAGGCCUCCUGGAGUUGGAGCGGAAGAUGGCCCACCGCAAGACGAGCAAGUUCCCCGACAGUACCCGAGAGUCGAAGCAGCUGGCCUGGGAGAGGCUGGUGGGGGAGAUCGCCUUCCAGCUGGACCGCAGGAUCCUGUCCAGCAUCUUCCCGGAGCGCGUCCGCCUCUACGGCUUCACUGUCUCCAACAUUCCAGAGAAGAUCAUCCAGGCAUCCCUGAACCCCAGUGACCACAAGCUGGACGAGGAGCUGUGCCAGACACUCACUCAGCGCUACGUGAGCAUCAUGAACAGGCUGCAGAGUCUGGGCUACAAUGGGCGGGUACAUCCUGCGCUGACAGAGCAGCUGGUGAAUGCGUAUGGCAUCCUGCGUGAGAGGCCUGAGCUGGCCGCAUCAGAGGGCGGCUCCUACACUGUGGACUUCCUGCAGCGCGUGCUGGUGGAGACAGUGCACCCCAGCAUGCUCACCGACGCGCUGCUGUUGCUCUCAUGCCUCAAUCAGCUGGCACACGAUGAUGGCAAGCCAAUGUUCAUCUGGUGA